CCUAUAACAGCUGUCCUCCGAAGUUCUGUAAGCAGAGAUGGGGCUCCGCGAGGGCGCGUGGUGGCUCGUGCAGCGGCUGCGGCUUUACCUGUGGGCCGCAGGUAUGCUCGGUUACCUGUUGACGCUCAGCGUCACCCUGAGGAGCCUGCAGCUCGUCUCACCUGCGUCGGUCAGGAAGCUGCUGCUCCGCAUGGGGGAGAAGAUGAGCAUGACCCAAAAUCCCCGGUUCCGGUUCGAGGACUGGGGUCCGACCUUCCUGUCCGCGGCCUUCAUCAAAGCCGCCUUCGCCAACGUCUGCCUGUCACUCAAGCAGGAGGCCUUCGUGGGCGGGGCCGCUCCGGACUCACCUGUGGUCACCAUGGAUAGGGAGAGGACCAGCAUCCUCGGGUUCAUGAAGGGUGGCCGGCCGCUGGUGCUCAGCUUCGGGAGCUGCUCCUGACCCCCCUUCAUGUUCAAGCUGGACCAGUUCAAGCAGCUCGUCGAGGACUUCCGGGACGUGGCGGACUUUCUGGUCAUCUACAUCACGGAGGCGCAUUCCUCAGACGGCUGGGCCUUCAACAACAACUACGACAUCAGUCAGCACCGGAGCCUGGAGGAGCGUCUGUCCGCCGCCCGGAUCCUGCUCCAGAACGACCCGCUGUGCCCCGUGGUCGUUGAUGAAAUGAGCAAUGCCGCCGCCAUCCAGUACGGCAGCCACCCUGAGAGGCUGUACGUGCUGCAGGCGGGGAGGGUGGUGUACAAGGGCGGGAUGGGGCCUUGGGGCUACCGUCCACAGGAGGUCCGCUCCUUCCUGGAGAAGCUCCAGUAGAGGUUUGUCCGGGUGACGACGACCUCUGAAGACGACCUCUGAAGACCUCUGGACCGUUUGGACCGACCCGUUUCUGGGUGAAGGCUGCAGGUGAAACCCCCCGGCCUGCAGCUGGAUGUAGAGAAACAGACGGUCCACUCGGGUCCAGGUCUUCAGAGAGUCCCAGAAUUCAGCUCUGUUCCCUUCUCUUAUGAUAAAUGUCAAACCAGUACAACUGGAACCUGAUGAAACUAAAAUCACGAUGUGGAGUUUGAAGAUGUUCUGUCAGGUUUACACUAAAGCGUCUUUAUUUUUAUAAAACUUUUUAUAAAGUCCUUCAUGCUGCAGAACACAGAGGAUCCAGUUUCUGAUCCUGAUCCAAGUUAAUCCUUAAUCGUCUUAUCAGGAUGAGUUUCAACAUGUUUAUGAAAGAUGACAUCACUUUUCGGAUUCGAUCAGACGUGAAGGUGAGCCGGACCGGCGUUCUGGUGACGGAACCGGAGGCAGAACGCCGGUCCGGGUGGAAGUUUCAGUUUUCAUAACAUACACGACAGUCACUCUUAUUAAAUAACAAAACUCAAAUUUAACUCGAGAUGGUUGGAUCUUAACCCAGAAGAUGUAAAACAUGACCGACCUCGUUAGGAUGUUGGGAGUUAGUUCAGCUAAUUAAGCUCCAGUCAAAUUCAGAUGUUUAUGUAUUUCAUAUUCAGUAAUGCUCAAUUCAAAAUAUAAAAAGCUAUAUAUCUAUACAUGUUUUAUAGUCCAUAUUUAAUAUCAACUGGAUUUAUUUGUUUUGACUGCAAUAAAAAAUAUAUAUUUGGAAAUAAUUUCUCACAGUACUGGUAUAAGAAAAUAUAUCUUUUUUCACUCCUGGAUUUAAUGUGUUUAAUGUUCGGCUUAGAAGAAACAUUUGUAGAUUUAAUUUCUGAUCAGGUCAGAAUAUUUACAUCAAUCCUCCAGUUUGUUUGAUUCUGUCAUAAUUAACUGUAAUCUUUGAUACGUUGAUCAAUAAAGAGUCUCCUUGGUGCCCAUUGGGGUAUCGACUGUC